UUUGAAAUGUUAUAUUUAUGUAAAAAUGUGAGGUUAUAUUUCCUUCUAUAUAAUUUAUUUAAAUAAACGAAAAUGAAUUGUUCUCGAUAUACAAUUAGCCAUAGAAAUUUCUUUUGGAAACGAAAAAAAUCUAAUUUCGGUAGAUAUAACAUUGUAAUGCCGGGAACUGUAUCUCCGAGAUUAACCGUACCAGAUCAUAUUAAAAAACCUAAUUAUUUUGCAUCUGGUAUACCCGAUAAAACAAACCUACCGCUUGAACCAGAAUUAAAAAAUUCUCUUCAAUUAUUAGGAAUGAGAGAUUCCUGUAAAUUAGCAGCAAGUAUUUUGAAUAAAGUAGAAAAAAUCAUCAAGGUUGGUUUGAAAACUGAUGAAAUUGAUCAAUUUGUAUUCAAUUCUUGUAUUGAAAACGAUUCUUAUCCUUCACCAUUAAAUUAUAACCAUUUCCCCAAGUCAGUUUGUACAUCUGUGAAUAACGUAGCUUGUCAUGGUAUUCCAGAUGAUAGACCUCUAGAAGACGGAGAUAUUAUUAAUGUUGAUGUUACAGUGUUUUAUAAAGGUUACCACGGAGAUUGUUCAAAGACGUUUUUAGUCGGUAACGUUGAUAACGAAGGACAGCAACUCGUAGAAGCUACAGAAGCCUGUUUAAAUGAGGCUAUUAAUAUAUGCAAACCCGGAGUUUAUUUUCGUGAUAUCGGAUUUUGUAUUGAAGAAACAGCUCAAAACUUUGGAUUUCAAGUUAUACCUUCAUUCAUAGGGCACGGAAUUGGUUAUUAUUUUCAUGGUCCACCAGAUAUUUAUCAUAUUAGAAAUAAUUAUCCUGGUAAAAUGGAACCGGGUAUGACUUUUACAAUUGAACCUAUUUUGACACAAGGUGAUGAAUUAAUAGAGAUUUUAGAUGACAAUUGGACUGCUGUUACUGUAGAUAAUGCUCGAACUGCUCAAUUUGAGCACACUGUUGCUAUCACAGAAAAUGGAGUUGAUAUUUUAACACUAUGACAUGAAAAGUGGUCUAGUUUUGAUUACAAACAAUCCGGAGAGUAUCUAAUAAUGUAUUGUUAUUAAUUGUAAGUACGAAUGUAGUUAUUUCAAUAUCAUACUAAUUAUUACAGUAUAACCUGUCCAACAUUAUAUUGUUGUACUAUAAAAUAUAUGAUUUGUACAGCUCAUAAUUAUUUUUGCAUGUGUGUAAAUUAUUUCAUGAAGUUUGUUAAAAGGUGUAAAAAUUCAAUUCAAAAUAAAAUAUUUAAUUAAAGCCAUGACAAGUGAAAAGGAAACAAAAACCCAAGGAAAUUUAUACUCUUACAAAGUGGAACCAAUCUUCCAUGUUAUAGGGGGGAUUACUAUAUAUGAAAUAACUUGUGUACUUUUUAUUUAAUGAAAUAAUUUGUUUUAUAACAAUUUUAGGUUCAAUAUUAUAACUAUUAGGGUCAAAAUUUGGAAAUAUAAUUUUUUUUAGUUGUUUUAGUUUGAUAUUGAAGAAUCCUCGAAUAAAAAUUAAUUUUUCCAUUUUUAAGACAUGAAGGGUAUCAAUCAAGCCAAUAAAUAAACGAAACCAAGGCUAUCGAAGGACUAGAAAAAGAGAAAUUAAUAAAUGAAUCAAUUAGUGUAUAGAAUGAUAUAAUGAACGAUAGUAAUUAUUUGGAAAGCGACUAAACAAUUAAAAAUUAUGAUGGGAGCUGGACAAGAAAAAAUACAAAAAGUAAAAAGAUUAAAAGGUUAAAAUUAUAGUGCAGAUACCAUAUUGUUAAGCUUUUUUAUUUCCAAAACGCACUACAUCUCAAUUUUGUCCCAAAAUAUACCAAAAUUAAAUAUUUUUCAAAUAUGAUUGUUGAAUUUUUUCUGGUAGUAUCUUUUGUUUCAUUUUCGGUGAGUGGUAAUCAAUGGGAAAUAAAUAAAACUUUCCGGAUACAUAA